AUGAAUAAGAAGGCAAAGCGAACAAUGCCACUGUCAAGCCCAACAACUGAUAGCACCGGCAGCGAUGAUCGGAUCAACGCCUUAGACAAUGACUUGUGCGAGCUCAUCGUCAGCUUGGCGCACCUCAACAUGAGGGAGCUGGUGCGCAUGAGCGUGCUGUUGAAGCAGUGGCGUGGCCUCCGGAAGCGCUUACCCGUCUUGGAUUUCUUUGGGUGGCCGGAGCUCGAGUCUACCGACAACGUCCGAUGGUACAUCGCCAUCGUCAACAGCGUACUAGAGCAGUGA